UCGUUUCAAUUUUAGUUUACGAACGACUGCAAACGAGCUCAAACGAACAAAAGUAUCUUUUAAAAGUUUCUAAUUUUAUCGACUUGCUUCAAAAUUAAUUAAUUGUUCUUUAAGAUGGAAUGGUCAUGGAUUUGGAUAUUUUCAAUUGUGAUUAAAGCAUUGAAAUUGAUUCUUAAUUUAGCUAUUCUUAUAAUUUAUCGGAUUGGCGCUGGAGGUAGAUUUCUUGGUGUUGGUGGCACAUGGAAUCUUUGGGAGGAGAAAAGUGCGGGCUGUGAAAUAUUCGCUUCCGGCGUUUUCAUUGGAUUCAUUGUUUAUACGGGCGUACACACGAUUGCCUACUUCUUUGGACCCAACAAAUACAGACAUGAACUCACGGACACCAUGAUGAAUGUGGUCGGUACGUUUUUGUGGGUCCUAGUUGGUGGCAUUGCUCUGCACUAUUGGGUCGGCUACAUGGAUACCAGCGACUACUCAUACUUGGGUGUUCAAAAUGUACCAGUUAAUGCUGGUAGUGACAAGCUGGUUGGCAUUAUAAUGGGAUCACUCUGCAUACUGGAGGGUGCUUUAUAUUUAGUGGACACAGUGAUGAGUUGCUUACACUACUCAAAGGGUGAUACUGAAUAUACUGGUGUGGCACGUUAGUGCUUCCAAAUUAUUUUUGUUUUUAAUUAAAUAUUUGGUGACAAAAAACGUUUCCGAAAAUGUAAUUUGAUUGUUAGUGAAAUAUUUCCAAUUGAUUAUAUGUGCCAAUUAUUUAAUUAAUUAUUAUACUUUUCCUUCAAAUAUUUCGAAUCGGAGUACCGAAAUGUGAGGACCUUUUAUUUAACUUCAUUGUAGCUCUCAAUAAUAAUUACCAACAAAUAUAGAACUAAUCGUACAAGCAAACUGUAAGGAUCGCAUUUUCGGUAUUCCAUAAUGUGUACAACACUUUUUUACUGUAUUUGCAAAUAUUUCAAACAUUUUUAAAAGAUUUUAAUAAAUAUACCGAAACUACA